AGCUGAUAGGGUCAGCUUCGUCGGCGCUAUUUCUGCCGGAUUUCACGGACGAUUUGAGAUCUGUUCUUCCUUCUUAUUCCUCUCCUGAUCUGAUUUCACACUAAUCUGCUUCAGUCUCUGUGUUUACUUACUGAUUCCAUCGAGUAAAAAAAUGUGGAGCAUUUCAAGCUAAGGAGUCAUCUAGUUCUAUAACAGAUGGAGUGUCGUUUGGAGUUGAAGAAGGGUUCUUGUGAUAGACCACCUUUUGUGGCUGCUGAGAAGAAGGUACUGACUAAAGAAAGCUCAAAGUCAUUUACACCGGAUAAGUUUAGAGAUGACAAACGCGGGUUAUCUUACUCCGAUUUCCACCGCGAGAUUACGAAGAAAGUUGAAGAUGUAUGUCCUAAACGGUUGGAGAAUCGUUUGAAGUCAAGGAUAGGUAGAACUGCGUCAGGAGAAAGAGAUCUUGUGAAGUACAAGUCUUAUGUGCCGAGUUAUAUAAAGAAAUGUGAUAAAGUUGAAGAGAAGAGUGUUAAAGCUGGUGGCAUUGUUGGUUCACAGGAGCUAAGGAAUAAUAGGCAAGCGAGUGAUAAACUGAUGGAUAAGCAUACGAGGUCUUCGUUGUCUAACACAAGUACAUCGUCUUCACUAUGGACUGAUGAAUCAUCUACUGAUUCCAGUAGAGGUCUUUGUGCUUCUCCAUUUCGUAAAAAGAUCAAUCAUCCUCCAUUGCAGUAUUAUCUGAUGUCAUCUAAGCCAGGGGAUAAUUUUCAAGAUUUGGAGCUGCCUCGAGAUAACGGUGAUGCGACUUCCCAAAGUCAUAUCACCGACACGCAAGGGGGUCCUGUUAGAAGAGAUGGGCAGUUUCAUCAAACCCCUCGUGCAGCGGCAUUUCAACAGAAUGAGAAGAAAGAUACUGAUGUUAAGAUUGUUCUGAAAACCAGAAGUUUCUUUAGUCCAUCGAAGCCAGAUAGUCCUUCUUGCACACGGAUAAUAUCAAAGAAUCUAGCUGAGGAUUUUAAGAAAAAAGGAGAGAAGUUGGAAGAGAGAAUCCGAAAUCCUCGUGUUCAUGAUCUCUUUGGAAAAGAAAAGCCUGCUGCUGUAUUUGUACCAGGGAUUGUUUCUCAGAAACAGUUUAUUGGUUUGUCCAAGUUCUAUGAUUCAAAAGUGUUACUAGCUGAGCGAAUGGCGGAAAGUAAUCGAAAGGGAUUCCCAGAAAGGUUAGCGUAUGGGAAAAGUGUAGUUCUGGACUCUGAUGUAGGUCCUUUCCGACGUGAAGCUGAUGGAAGUAAGCCAUUUUUAAAACGUAUCAGCUUCUUAUCAGAAAGAUCAUGUUCAGCUCCACGAUCAAGAAAGGCUGAUUCUAGUCCCUCCAGAAGCAGGACUCUAGAUAGAAGGUCAACAGAAACAUUAUUCAAACAGUCAGAUCAGAAACCAGCUAAAGUUGUAUCAGAAAGAGCAAGGAGCAUUUCACCAUUUCGCCGACUCAGCUUCAGCAUUGGAAAGUCCAGCAAAAACUCCAGCGCCGAAGAUGCUAAGAAUCCUCCACACUUAAGUACAGCACUUAUUUCAUCACGAGCUGGUUUAGACAAUCCAUCUGCGUCUUCUUUCAGUGACAGCUCUUCUUUUGAUAAAACCAGUGCAGCAAACAGAGGCAGGUCUAGUCCGUUGCGAAGGUUACUCGAUCCUUUAAUGAAACCAAAAUCAACCCACUCAUGUAGUUCUCCUGAGCCAUCACAUAAGGAAGCCCCUUCAAGGCAGCAAAAGGAUAUUCUUUCUGACAGUCAACCAUCUUCGUCGUCCCUUCUGUCGAGAAAUGGAAGAUCUUCAACUGUUCAGGCUCUAUUUCGAGUGACAUCUAAGAAUGAUCAACCACUUUUCACUUUUGCGGUUGAAAAGGAACAAAGUAUUACAGCAGCCACAAUAAGAAAACAGACUCCCCCAGAGAAGGAAGACUAUGGACUCAAGUAUACUUUUUUCACUGUUCAAGAAGUACAGAAGAAAAAUGCAAAAUGGAUGAACCACAACAGGAAGGUUCAAAGCCAAGAGUACACAUCCAACAUUGUCGCUCAGAUGAGAGUCUCAGAUCCUAAGCCUCUGAUUCUCGCUGGAGAAAGACCUGUCGAUAACCUCUUAACUAGAGAAUUUGUACUCGUCGCAUCUGAAUCACAGCGGACUAACGAGCUAGCUGCCAUGGUGAUCAAGAUACCAAAACUUACAGACACAAGCUCAACCAAAGACCAGAAACAGAACGAAACCACUCUUGGAGAUUACUUUGCAGACGUUAACGCAACAGUGGUACUUCCAAGUGGCAUUCACAGUCUCCCACACAAAGGAGGGCCUUCGUCGCUGAUCCAACGAUGGAAAUCAGGUGGAUCAUGUGACUGUGGAGGCUGGGAUAUGGGCUGCAACCUUAGAAUCCUCACAAAUCAGCAUAAUAAACACAGAAACCCUUCUCCUUCCACUUCAGAUGCCUUCAAGCUUUUCUUUCAGGGAGGAGUACAAGAUAAUAACAACCAACCAUACUUGACUUUCACUACAUACAGAGAAGGAGUUUACGCAGUUGAGUACAAUACAUCGCUCUCACUCUUGCAAGCAUUCUCCAUUUGUAUAGCUGUUAACGAGGGACGGAAUCCGUCAAAGACCGCCAUGGAACCGAACACUUCACGUGUAGAGAACAAAGCUUAUGGAGGAGAGAUGUCAUCGAUUCAAAACGAGAGGGUGAAGUCAUUUUCAGGUCCUAUUGAAGCCGAAGCUCCGGCGAGGUAUCUCUCACAUCACCCACCUUUGUCUCCUGUUGGAAGGGUUUAGUUACUUCUUCAAAUAAAUCUGCCUAUAUAUG